AUGGCGGCCCUUGGCGGAAAUCAGCAUGUCUUGGCGCUCCUUGCCAGCAAACCUCAGAAGUCCAUGAUGCCCCUGGCCACCACGUGGCUAAGCAUCCUUGACAUCUUGAGAUGUUUCCAGAGACAUCUUGGCAGAGCAACGAGUUUUGGCGCCCCUUGGCCAAGUGGCGUGGCUGGUUCUCACUUGGGCAAGCUCACAAAGCGGAGUCUCAACAUCUUCAGAGGUCGCAAUCUAGAGAAACAGAACUUGAAGAGAAAGAGGCGGGCCAGAGGGGACCAGGGUCUCGGCAAAGAUAAGACCAUGAUUUUGUUUGAGGCUUCGAGCGUGAUUGACCAGCCCAAGGUCACCUGA